UUUUAGCCUGAAUAUCUGAACAUAUCUAGUAUAUUUCGACAGCAUAAAGCAUCUGCCAACUUCUUUUUUUUUUUUUUUUUCUCCAACUCUACCUUCUUGCUAAAUACUUUGCGUACCUGUUUCGAAAACCUUAUCGCCUUGGCGCUUCUAUCACAAUCGACUUACUAGUUCAUCAUGACCUCUUUGUACGAUCUGACAAUCCCCGUCCUGACUCGGGUCCUCCGAACCGAGGAACACCUUCUUAAGAAAGCCGAAGAGUACUCGAAAAGCACCGGUACGCCUAUAGAGGAGCUUCUCACUGCCCGUUUGGCCCCGGAUAUGUUCUCGCUCUCAAAGCAGGUCGGCAUCACCGUGUAUUUUGCCAGAACGGCAGCCCACCUGUUAGCCGGCAGCGAAUUAGUGCCCACGGAGUUGGGUGAAUGGUCUCUUGAGGAGAACUACAGCAACAUCGCCCAAGCCCUUAAGUCGCUUGCUGAUAUCAAGCCAGAGGCUGUCAACGGAAAAGAGCUUGACACCGUCUCGUUCAGCGUAGGCCCAAGAAAAACCACUCAAAAGGCUAUAGAUUGGUAAGUACACAUGGCUAUAGGUAUUAUAUUUGUUGAUGCGAAAGCUAACUAUAAUUGUAGUACGUACUCAAAGCAAUAUUGGCCCCCUUUUCCUAUAAACCUGUGCCUAUUUUGACACGGCUUUGAAACUUAUAUUGACAAUACGUAACACCUAUUAACAAACAAAUUUACAGAUGUUACCAAAUUUGUCGUGCCGACGGUUUAUUUCCAUUUAACCACCCUGUACGAUAUUCUAAGGAUGAAAGGUGCGCCGGUGGGCAAAGCAAACUUCCUGACGUACCAACUUGAAGGAUGGGAGCUGUCGUGAUGGUAACGAUGCCGUCCGAUUCGAAGAUGUUAGCCGGAGUAUAGGAGAUCAAAAUUUGGGUUGCCUUGAUAUAGACGGGAAGAUAAAAUUAAAUCCGAUAACUUCUUUCCCCAAGUCCUGGUGGUCUAUUCAGUAUCACUUCUUAUUUAGUGCCUGCCUAAGUAAACUUG